CUCUACAUUCAUGAUGGUAGAGCUCAAAGAUGGUGAAUGGCCGGCAUAUCAUGGAAUGGGAUUUAGUUGCCAGCAAUGGAAUUAUACAUGUCAUAGAGGGACCUUUAACAACUCCUCAUCCGGUUUUGGCGUCAGCAAGUUCAUCCAGUAACGUCCUUGGUGCAACAUUACUUCUAGGACUGGGAUGUUUGAUUGCUGCAAUAGUUGGGUUGAGUUUUUGUCUCCGACGCAGGAGAGAGAUUUUCCAAUUUCAAUACUUCAAGGCUAACGACGAUGAUGGUAUAGGCCUCAGUGCAGAGGACAAUCCUGCACUGGUUUCUGUGCCAAAUCCAGUGUAUGGAGCAUAUGGUAUAGUUACAGAUAACACUACUGAGCCAUUUGAGGACAACGAUGAAUAUGAAUAUUAUUCAGACACCCAGAACAUUCUACAAGAUUGAAGAACCAGACCUCUGCUUUUUUUUUCAAACAAAAAACUACCACUCAUACUGUACCAUUUUAGUGCAAUGUAUGAUGAUGCUACAGGAACAAAGUAUAGGCUCUAAAUGAAGGACAGGCUGUACGAUAGCAACAAAUAAAUGAAAUCACUGGACUUGGUGUCCGAUUACUUUUUGUACUGAUGUGUGGGCACACUGUCAGAGUCACCAAGGAACAUGUGAAAUGCAUAUAUUGAAUUGCAUUUUUGCGGUAGUCUGGUGACUCUAGAAAGACUGAAAAUUUAUUUUUUCAUUUUGUACUAAUAGGCAAAGAUAACAUUGUUUUAUAUAUAAGUUUGUAAUACGCAUCUUUUUACAAGUAGAUUUAUAAAGAAGACCAUUGUAUACUUUUCUUUGACUAUGUUAAAAUGUGGAAUAUAUACCACCAACCGAAUGUCAUUUCCUUACUUCCAACAAUGUUAAAAAUGCAAAAUAAGAAAAGCACAUGGCAGAAUUUCUCAGCAGGUCUGGCAGAAAUUAAGACAGACAUAAAUCACAGGUUACAUUUUGAUAUUACAAAAAAAAAAAACACCUUUCAGUGGGACAGUUCGUUGAAGAUCUACUCAAAAAUAUGAAUUGACAAUUUCUGCUCGCUGAUGCUGAUGGCUCCACUAUGUUAUUCCUGCAAUUUGUUUCUGACUAACAAAAUACCUACUAAAAAAACCUUUUGCUCACUCUAUUUUUGAAUUGUUCCAAAAGCUGGUGUAUGUUCAACAGGCAAUCCCAUUCAUGUUUAAGGAGCAGUUAAUCAAAAUUAUAUUCAUUGCAGAAAUACAAAAGUAUCAUAACACAGUCUUCACCCAGAAACAAAGCAUUGCAAAAUACAUUAUUUCAUUAGUAAUGAAAUCACAUUUUGCAGGUCUAAGUCACCAAUGCUUUGUUUCUCCAAAAACCAAGGCUUGUUAUAUACCAGACAUCAAAUCUUCCAUGAAAAUUUGAAAAUAAAGUGUUUUUAUUGUAA